GGCGAUAGAAUCCAUGACGAUGGAUGUUAACAGAAAUAAUGCUUUUUUCGAAAAGUUAAAACAAAAUGUUACGGAUACUUUCGACCGUUUGCGGAAAGCGAUUGAUAUGAGGGAGAAGCUCCUGCUCAGACAGCUUACCGUCGUGGUACAACAAGCGCAGCACAUCACGUUCGAGUACGAUAGUAUACGUUUUCUGGGCGACGGCGAGGAUGAGCUGGUUGGGCGCAUACGCACGUACGGCAGGUACAACAUCGACAACUUUAACGUAAUUCUACAGAAGGAACCAUUCGAAAACGAAGAUUACAUUCUCCCAUCGAACGACCACGAUCUGAUGCAUAAAAGCUGUCGCCAAGGUGCGGAUGAUGAGCGAAAUCCGGAGAGUGAGGAGAUUGUGGUGGAGUUUUUCAACAACCGUAGUCUCAUUAAGGACAGCGCCGAAAUGGUUCGGGAAUCGAUCAUAAACCUUACAUUGAACGAAAGCCGUGAGCUCAUCGAUCGAACCAUAGGUGGAAGCAAGCCGUACCAAGGGACGGUGGAUGUGACCAACGAAGAACAGCCAACAGUCGAUGGUACAGAAUCGUUAUUGCGUGCAUGUAAAAUCGAUCCAACAACGCAUCGGUUGUACAGGGGUCGCAACUCCAUAACCGACAUCCCGUUCGAUUCACUUUCUUUCCAAGGUGAUGAGCAACAGGACGAUGGUAGUAACAACAACGUAGUUAGCGUUGCCAAUGGCAACUCGAAGCACAUCCGUAAUGUAUCGCGUGAUGGCGACACAGUGAUUUCACUUUCGCUACCACCACAGCGCAUGAUACCCAAAGCUUCACAAACGGAUGGAUUGAUUGUCGCCAGUGCCACCGAUUCGGAAGGGAACGUUCGCGAACCGACGACCUGCAAGGCGGCUUUAGAUAAGCGCAUGAAAAAUGUAAACCAUGUCACGAUGAACAGCUGUGGCAGUACGAUCAAUUUGAAGAACGUCACCAAUCUCACGAUUAAUUCGUGCUCGGAAAUACCACCAUUGAAAGAGAAACAACGAUCGGAACCGGAGACCGAUCCCAAAUGUCCCUCAGAAGAAGGUAGUCCGGAGUGUGGUUUCUACAAGCGGCUUAUAACGGAAAAUAAAAUCCUACGCAACCAUAUACUCAAGUCGAAGCUGGGCGGAGGAGUAGGAUCCCGCUUCAUUAAAUCACAACAACCAAUGGUGAGCUCUUCCGCGUCCGUCGAUGCGUCGUUGUCCUCGGUUACGGACGAUGAAACGAUUACAAACUCAAAGCAACCAUCUCACGACACCGAUGGUCUUUCGAGUAGCAGCAGCAGCAGCACCAGCGGCAGUAUUGCACCCCCGGUGGUACAAGAAACCAAUCUUAACAUUCCACUUUCAGAACAGGAAUUACAGCAUAUGUUUGACGGAGUACCUUCCUCCAUGUAUGAAAAAAGCCUUUCAUUUGUGCUGGGCGAACUGUACGGAUUGCAGAGCGGAUUGGAUGGUAAUGGUGCGGCUAACCUAACAAGUACCGGUUCAGGUAAAACAAAAGAACACACAAUGCAGAUUCAACAGUGGUUGAAGCAAAUUAUCUCGGAAGCCGAAACGGAACCGUUUCAAAAUGCAGAGAUGCUUGAAUUUAGCAAAAUUCAUGAUUAAACAAUCGUGAAACCAUCCUGUCGGUGAAUGUUCCAAAAAACAGUGUUUAAUUAUCCGUGCGGAUACAAUUUCUUAUCAUUAUCUGUGAUUAUUUAAGUUCCAUAUACUUUUUGAGUGAGUUGAAAUUUACGCCGCCGAAGAACGAUACUGCCUUGUUCGUUCUCAAACCGAUGCCCUCGCGAUACGUUCGAGUACUGAAUACUACAAAGAUUUCCCUCAGACCCUUUUCACCGUUAUUAUUUGCACCUAUUUUCUUGUGUGGGUUUCUAUGUUUAGUUAACUAUACUUUUCUUCAACUUAUUGUUAAAAAUCUACAUUACGCUAGUUCGAUACAUUGUUUUUCCAUGGUAUUUGUCUAACUGUGCAACUGAUUACUAACUUACCCUAUGCGCAACAUUCCACUAUUCUGUUGCACACUCAAUGCAUGUGAUUCCGAUGCGAAUCAUUUUCAAAGUUGUGUGCCAUUGUGAAAGGUACUUAGAUGUAAUUUAAUGUUUCAUACAGUCUUAAGAAAAGCAGAAUAUAAUUAACAGAAUUCGCCCACUAGUACUGUCACUGCUAGGUUACUUACGCUACACUAUACUACGUUUUGGAGAACGGAAUGUGGAACGUAAUCCACACGGAAUGUGUUGUGUAGUUUUACACAAAGAAACAGAAAACACUUUUACAUUACAUCGGUUUCUUAAGCUUGAGUACUCAAAUAGGAAAUAAAAAAAGAACGAUUCAAGUCAAGUGAUUGUAAGGAUCACAUUUUUAAGCUUUAUCCGGCUUGCAAAAGGAUGCUUACCAAGAAAAGUAAAACUUAAAUUUACAUUAUGCACUGAAAGAUUAUGGGUGUACUUAUGGCAAACAAAUAUGCAAAAAAUAGUAAAAGUAAAUAUGUAAUGCGUGUGCGUAUUUGUGUGAGUGUUAGGAUGGAACGAUUUCUCUCGAUUAUCGCUUCUUCGAACGUAUAGUAAUGACGUGUUCAUUAAAAACUUCAUUUGGUAAAUAAAUAUAUCAAAU